AUGGAGGCGCUAGCGGGAAUCGAAGCAGACAUCGAAUCGUUUUUCAGUGACCAGGAUCAACAGAGACCUUCAUCGGACGGCUGCAAACAGGUCCCGUGGCUGAGCUGGGAAGAGUGGGACUCCGUCAGAGAGUCUCUCUUCUCUUCUUCUCCUGAUAGAGUCGCUUUUGCCUUGGAAAGGGUUGCAACAUGGCGAAGCAGAGGAUCUCUUCCAGCGCCUGUGGAUGUCACUUGUUCCCUUAUUGAAAUUCAACUCAAAGAUGGCUUUAUUCCGAGAGAGUCACAAUCAGCAGAUGCAUUAUACUCUGAGCAUUUACUGCAAAUGCUAUACUGCAUGGGAAUUCUCAGGCUUGUGAACUGUGUCAUUGAAAAGACAAGGAGGAGAGCAGAUGUUUCAAUUGCGGAUGCAGCUAAAGCAAUCGGUAUCCCACGUAAAUUGAUUGAUCUUCGUCAUGAGGGUUCUCACCGUGAGCUCCCUUCACUCUCAGUGCUCCGGGAUGCUUCAGAUGAGGCACUUGAAUGGUUGAAAUCAUAUUACUGGGAGACUCAGAAAAACCAAAUUCCAUUGAAGAGAGAUGGAACGGCUAGCAUCAGAAGAGAAGUCAAAUCCAAACUCCGGAAGCUUUCUUUCUGCUUUCAGCUUAAGCAGAAUCCUCAAUUCGACUCCCCUUUGGUCAAAGAUAAAUGUUCUAAUAAGAGGAUAAGGAAGAUUGUAGGCAGCCUUGUUGAGUUGUACCCUUCUUUCUCGGCAGAAAUUUCAUCUGUGCUGCUUGAAUUCUUACUCAAGGCUUUGGAUUCUUCAAAGUCGCAGAAUCAGCCUGGCCAAGAUAUCAGGGUCUUUCUUGAUGAAUGGAAACCUGUAAUCCUGGAGUUCUCAAACAGAGAACCCGAGUUACUUUUAACUCUACUCAAGGCAGUUCUUGAUAUGAUCCAAAACAAUGAACGGAGAAGAUACGAAACAGAUGUGCAUCUUACAGAAAAGUCAGUGGAAGAGGUUUCUCAAGCUGAGCAGGUCCCUGUCUUGUUUGCAUGGCUUGUGGGUCUUCUCAGUGUGUCGAAGCAUUUUCAGAGGAACAGUUCUCUAGAAGUAAAAUCACCAAACGUGUUCCUUAUGGAACUUGUACGUAAAUGUAUGCUGCUGGGCGCCUUGGGAUACGAGCUGGUCUUGAAAUCAGGCUUUGUACUUGCAGAUAUUGUGGGAGGGCGUGUCUUGAAGGAGAAGCUCACAAAACUCCCUCUCGUUGAUAAAAGCUCUGCAAGUAUUCCAUUGAAACAGAUUUCUACUCUUGUAACAACUCCUACAACGCUCCUUGAGCAAGAGAAGAAUCUCGGUAACGCAGGCAAGAGACUCGAGUCUGUCAAACUUCAGCUCUCAAGGAAGAAAGGUAUUGACACAGACAAAAGCAAUAACAGAUGGAGAAAGGCGAAAGCAUGGAGCCCUUGUCCAAUUGGUAUGUUGCCUCGGAUCAUUGGAUCUUCAGGACGCUUACCUCAUCUGGAGUCUCAGAAUGCUGAGAGCGCCUCAAAACAAGCACAAGGUUAUAACAAUGCCAAAAGAGGAGCCGAGUGCGAUGGUCAGCAACUGGAAGAGUCGACAUGUAAGCGAGCAAGGAAGAAUGCAGAAGAACCUGAAUCAGAUGAUGUGACACUAGAAACUUAUGAGGAAGAAGCUGAGAUGGAUGUAGAACAUGCAUAUGAGGAAAAUGAAACAGAAGCAGAAGAGAAUCUGCUGAUGAUGGAGGAUAAAGAGGAAAGCAGAAGCUGCCUUAUGAUAGGUGGUCAAUGGAAAAGAGUUGAAGAUAGAGAGCUAUUGGGGAUGGCUUCUAGUGUUAAAAUUUGUGUUUGA